GCCCUUUUAUCAAUGUUCCUCGCUCCUUUGAAACGGAAGUUGACCAGGUUCCGUGGGAACCUACUCUUCCGGGCACUUUCCGAAGCCUCGAUGCACAAAUUUGAUCCCACAUCGGCGAACCGUAUCCAGGACUCAGUCCGCUUCGCAAAGCCCGAUUCACUUGAGAUGAGCGCCAGAAUCGCGCGCAUUCCAAUUGAAAACUACCGUAACUUCUCCAUCGUGGCGCAUGUCGACCAUGGAAAGUCCACACUCACGGACCGGCUCUUGGAGAUGACAGGCGUGAUUCCACCAGGCGCGAAACAGGUUUUGGACAAGCUCGACGUGGAGCGCGAGCGCGGGAUCACUGUCAAGGCGCAAACGUGCUCUAUCUUCUACCGUUAUAAGGGUGAGGAUUACUUGCUCCACUUGGUGGACACGCCAGGGCACGUCGACUUCCGCGCGGAAGUGUCGCGCUCGUACGCAUCGUGUGGAGGUGCGCUUCUCUUGGUAGACGCGUCGCAGGGCGUGCAAGCGCAGACGGUAGCAAACUUUUACCUCGCAUACAGCAUGAACCUCAAGUUGAUUCCGGUGAUCAACAAGAUCGACCUCGACGCAGCGGACAUCCCUAAGGCCGAGGAGCAGGUGGAAACCACCUUUGAACUUGAUCGGACUGACUGUAUUGCAGUGAGUGCAAAAACCGGCUUGAACUGCAAACACAUUCUCCCAGCGGUAAUUGAGCGGAUUCCGCCGCCCACUGGUGAUUCUACCGCCCCGUUGAAGGCGCUAUUGGUGGAUUCCUGGUAUGACUCCUACCUUGGGGUGAUUCUCCUUGUGCAUGUGGUGGAUGGUACACUCAAACGCGGAUCGAAAGUCUUUUCGUUCCACACAGACAAAAAAUACGAGGUAAAGGAGGUUGGUAUUAUGUAUCCCGAUAGAAUCCCGACGGAUGUGCUAAGAGCUGGCCAGGUGGGGUAUAUCGUCCCCGGGAUGAAAACCUCCAGUGACGCCAUGGUUGGUGACACCUUCAUGACCGUGGGGAAUAAGGUUAUGCCGCUCCCCGGUUUUGAGGAGCCAAAGGCGAUGGUGUUUGUUGGGGCGUUUCCGGCCGAGGGCACGGAGUUUGCCGACAUGGACGAGAGUAUGCAACACUUGGUUUUGAACGACAGAUCGGUGACGCUCCAAAAGGAGACGUCCUCGGCGCUUGGCCAGGGCUGGAGACUCGGUUUUUUGGGAUCACUCCACGCCAGUGUGUUCAAGGAGCGAUUAGAAAAGGAGUACGGUGCCAAAUUGAUUAUCACUGCUCCCACCGUGCCGUAUAAGAUUUUGUACAAGGAUGGACUGGAGAAGAUUAUCACAAAUCCGGACGAUUUUCCCGACCAGAACCGCAGCAGCAAGGUACAGAGCUUACUCGAGCCGUAUGUUGAGACAAUCAUGACGUUUCCGUCAGAAUUUCUUGGGCGCGUUAUGACCUUGUGCGAGAACAACCGCGGGAUCCAAGUCGAGUUGACGUAUCUCACCACAGGGCAGGUCUUGCUCAAGUACAAGAUUCCGUUAUCGCACCUUGUGGAUGAUUUUUUUGGCAAGCUAAAGUCCAACACCCAUGGCUAUGCAUCAUUGGACUACGAGGAUGCAGGGUACGAGGUGUCUGACAUUGUAAAGCUCGAGUUGCUAAUCAACGGUGCGAGUGUGGAUGCCUUGUCGCAGGUUAUGCAUCGCAGCAUGACACAAUCGCGGGGCAAGGAGUAUGUCACACGGUUUAAGACAUAUGUCAAGAACCAAUUGUUCGAGGUGGCGAUCCAGGCGCGCGCAGCUGGCAAGAUCGUCGCCAGAGAGACCGUGCGCGCCAAGCGCAAGGAUGUGUUGCAGAAGUUGCACGCCGCGGAUAUUUCGCGUAAGAAGAAGUUACUAGAGAAACAGAAGGCUGGAAAGAACAAGAUGCGGAGUAUUGGGAAGGUGACGAUUGACCAGGACGCAUACCAGUCGUUUUUGAAGAGGUCUGCAUAAGGGUCGCGCAAGCACCUGUAUGAUUGUAUAUAUUGUAAUUAGUAAAUGUGGUUCGGACAACUGGAAUCUGAAAGAUAGCAUCGAAUAGAGUAAACUAGAACGCGAGC